AUGGUCGAAUAUUGUGCUUCCCAAACCACUGAGCGGGGAGGCAGAGUUUUACAGAUUCCACCAGCACCUGCACUGCCACGUCGGGCACUGCUGAGAACUGAAAAGGCUCCCUGUGCUAUAUCCUCGUCCUUUCGUGUUCGCUCGCUACGAGUUGCCGUUUCCUCCGCAGCCUCUCUCAUCAAGCAUCCCCUUCAAUCGGGAAUCUUGAUAACUGCCACUGUGAGUCUCCCUCUGGCGAAAUCUGACUUUAUCAUUUAUUCCAAGUCCCACAUUCGCAAACAUCUCGAAAAACCGUCGUGCGGGGAUACCUCUACGAACGGGGUCGCAAAUCGAUCACACCCACCCGAGUCCUCCUCGCCGAAGGAAGGCUUUGCCAAUGUCGCGAGAUGGAUUGCUCUCGACCAAGACAGCGAGUCCCUCAUCUACCGCGGGUUCUGCGAGCUCUCGGCUCGGAAUAUACUUUACCUACAGUGCGAGAUGCUGGGCCUUGAGAAGAGACUCAACGAGCUGGAUAAAAUGGACGCUGCAAGCGAUGAUAUGGAGGUAAAAGAUGCAGCAAGGACAUGGGAGACAUUAAGAGAGCAGUUUGAGGGUGGGAAUCAGGAUGCACAGGCGCGUAUGGAGUUGAUUUUGCGGUUGCGUGGUGUGGUUAAGGAGGUAUCGUGCGUUGUUCCUUCCCGAGAGCGCUCUACAAUACGACGUGGCUGA